GAAACUUGUCCUUCUUAACAUAUGUUUCAAUUGAGGAUUGUCCAGAGCUUAAGCAUUUAGACAUAUGCAAGUGCCCAAUCAGCCAGGUAGAUUUUGGAGCAGCGUAUUUAUCUUUCGCAUUGACCAACCUGAUGCGACUGGAACUAAAGCGAACAGCAGUGUGCAGGAUUUCAAUUUCUGAAGACCGUUAUCCCCGUCUUGAGAAGUUGAUUCUUGAAAGUAAUAAUGAUUUAACAGAGAUCGCAGCACUGCCAGCAAACCUUCGAUGUCUGCGUAUAUCGAGGUGUCCAAAGGUGGAGGAGCUUCCGAGCUUUGCACGAUUAACUUCUCUCAGAGAGUUUAAAGCUGAAGGUUGCAACCGAAUUGAAAAAAUUGAAGGUUUACAAAAUUGCACAAGAUUAGAAAUAUUGAGACUAGACACCUGCUGGGAGGUGCCGGGCAUAGGAAGUUUGGAGCAGAUGAAAAAUUUGAGGAGACUGGAACUCAAAGCAAACAAGGGAUUAGCUAUUCAAAGUUGCAUUCAAACGAUACAGAAAUGGCCAGAGGAAAUUUUAAUAGCUAUGCCCACGGUUCCUGAGGCGUCCUCACUUUUGGACUCCUUCGAAUUUGGGGUGUCUCCGAAUCUGUGUGUGGUUGAUUCCAUCUCUAACCAGAAAUCGAAAUUGGUGGUGCAGAACCAUUCCUCCGACGCCAAUGCCAUUAUGCUCUGUUUUGUUAUAAGUCAUGCCCGUGGUCAACCGAUUAGUUUAAGGUUUCGCGUAAACGGUGCUUUUAAUACAAUAUUUUCACUUGAUUUUGGAGAGGGUAGAUGGGCAGUGAUAGGUGUCUUCACACAACAUUCCAAGUGGCUCACUGCAAAUGGUACAUUCUGCAUCGAAUUUUACAAAGCAGGAAGUGAAGUGGAGAGAGGUUUGGGUGUGAGAGGAGAAGAGGAAAGACUAGUGAUGGAGGCGUUAUUGCCACUUUUACAAACCAUUUCUAGCUAAUAUUAUUUUUAAUUUUUAAGGGGAAAAGUAUGGGGUUAAUAAGUAAAUCAAAAUCGGUACUAUUAAGUAUUAUAUUAAAUAUUAUUAGUUAGAAAGUCAGAGGAGUUCAAUUUUGUAUGACAAUAAAUAUUUUAUUAUU